CUUCGCCUACGCCUAUAUCUUCCCGCGCCCACCCUCACCACCACCACCGCACCUGCACGCACGAGCUCAGCUUCAGCUCAUCUCGAUCGAUCUCGCAUUCCCGGCCAUCUCCAACCAACGACGCCUCCUACAAGGACCAUCCAUGCCGGCGAGCGGCUGGACGCAGGCGCUGGCGCCGACGGCGCACCCGCACUACCUCCACCACCUGCUGGAGCGCAUGGCGCCGCUGCGGGUGGCCGCCGAGGGCGCGCCCGAGCCGGCGGCGGCGGACAGGCGGCUGACGCGGCUGCUGGUGAACGUGACGGUGGACCGGAGCCUGUGGCCCGUGCACCUGGUGCUGGGCGCCGACGCCACCGUGGCCGACCUCGUGCGCGCCGCCGUCGCGGCCUACGGGCGCGAGGGCCGCCGCUCGCCGCUCCAGCACCCCGGGGGCGGCGGCGGCGACGCGGCCGACGGGUUCGAGCUGCAUUUCUCCAAGUACUCCCUCGAGAGUUUGAGGCCCGAGGAGAAGGUGCUGGAUCUGGGGUCUCGCAACUUCUUCCUCUGCGCGCGGAGAUCUUCAGCCGCUGCUUGAGCUUCUGAUUCCAUCGGUCGGAGCACAUGGGUCGCCGUUGUAAACUAGUAGAGCAGCAACGUUAAGUUGAUCUUGAUCAGCAGGUCGAGGCACCUGGAUUUGCAUUUCGAAAUUAAACUUUGUAGAGAAUUGGUGGAUAUGUUCCCA